AUGAGUGAAUCAUUGGCCAUUUUCCGCCGGCAGCGUUCCGAUGACCUUGCGAAGCUCGCCGAUGAGCACCUACAACAGGACUUGUACCAGAGCGACCGGGACGCAUUGAAAGACGCCGCAUCCAAGGUGUCACUGUGGACCACCGUUGGCUCAGCAGUUGGAAUUGGGCUCGGACUCUAUGUCGCCAUGCGAUUAAGGAGCACGCGCAGAGCUCUCUUCCAGGCCUUCCGGGCGCAGGAGAAGCCCACGCAGGUUAUCUUUGCGAAUGGGCGCACAGAGCCAAUUCCGGAUAUUACUCCCCUACUGAAACCAACUACCUUUGGUGAUUUUGCGACUUACUUCUUUGCCUCGGCGGGUGGGCUUUUCCUCGGCGGGGAGCUGGGAUUCUUGACCGGUGCGGCCAGUGGAAGCCGGAGCAUCGCAGCUGAUCCGGAGAGGAAAAAGCGAAUCGAGACGGCAUUCCGCCGCUUCCGUGCUGAUAUGCUGCGGAAGGAGGCGGCUGCCUUGGAUCACGAGGAGAAUGUGUGGGAUAAAAUGUUCUAG